AUGGCCCCUCAGUUCGGAGCGACCUUCGUGCCCGGAGGCUUUGAUGAUUACUACCUGCCCGAAGUUGUGGCCCCUUCUCCGCAAAGGGUCACCCCUCAAGUGCCCCAAAAUAUGCAAGAUGACUUGCAGCGCCUAGAACUAGAGGCCAAAGGUAGCAAAAGGCGAGAAUCUAACGAAGCCCGCGAACGGCAACCAUCGCCGUCUACAAUCACGCAACAGCAGGCUUUCCCCACAACUGACACUUCACGAGCGCCAAACACGAUUGCCAACGAGGUCAAUAGUGAUAUAACGGCAUACAAGGAUACCGAGAACCGGGCACAGCGACUUGACACCAUGGGACGUGAUGCCCCGUCGUUUUCUCCCUUCCCCAACGUCACUGGCGACAACAUUCCUCCAGCCGAUGAUGCAAAAGAGGAAAUUUUGUGGAGCGCUCGCAAGCACGUUUUGCACUCGCAGGAUGUGAGGAUGCAGAUCAGCUGGGCUGCCGAUGUUCUGCUUUGGGCAGACAUUGCCAUGGAUGCCGCGUCACGAGAACCUGCAGGAAAACUCCGGCCAGCCACACCUCGCAUUGAACACGAACUACGAAUAGAUGCGUUGAAUAUUGUUAAUUACUUGGCCGGUCAGGAGCAUCCCCAGGCGUUGUACAUGCGCUCUAAGUGGCUGGAGUUUGGCAAGUUCGGACACCGGGUCGACAAACGUGAAGCGUACAGUGGCUACAAGCGAGCAGCAGAGCUCGGCAACGCAAGAUCUGAAUAUCGCAUGGGAAUGCUUUUUGAGCAGUCCAACGACAUGUCCAAGGCGAAAGAGCACUAUUACAAAGGCAUGAGCAUGAAGGACUCGGCAGCGCUCUACCGUAUGGGCAUGAUGAGUCUCCUAGGACAGCACGGCGAGACGAAAGACUACGCUGGCGGCAUUGAACGUAUCCGGACUGCCGCAGAUAGCUCUGAUGAGGACGCGCCACAGGGUUCCUACGUGUACGGGAUGUUGGUGGGCCGAGACUUGCCCGACAUCAACGUGCCCGACAGUCUGCUGCCGUUUAAUUUGGACACUGCCAAAAUGUAUGUAGAGAAAUCAGCGUAUCUUGGCUUUGGCAAAGCCCAGCUGAAGAUGGGCCAAGCCUACGAACUCUGCCAACUCGGCUGCGAGUUCAAUCCGUCCUAUUCGCUGCAUUAUUAUGGUUUGGCCGCCAAACAAGGACUUCCAGAAGCUGCUCUAGGCGUCAGUCGAUGGUUCUUGUUUGGGUAUGAAGGCGUGUUCAAGAAGAACGAAGAGCUCGCCUUCAAAUACGCACAGGAAGCCGCUGCUUCCAAGCUUCCAACCGGCGAGUUCGCUAUGGGGUAUUAUUACGAAAUUGGUAUCCAUGUGAACCAGAGCAUCCCGGAUGCACGAAAAUGGUAUCAGCUUGCCGCCGACCAUGGAAACAAGGAUGCUAUUGGCCGUCUGGAAUCUCUCAAUCAUGACAAGAGCCUGUCGAAACGAGACCACGAAACGACGACUUUGACACGAAUCAAGUCUCAGCAUGGUUCCCAGAGAGGCAAACGACCAGAUCGAUUCAAGCAAUCUCAACAAAUGCCUACACUUAGUGAAACGGCACCGCUGUCGCCAGCAGAUAAUCAACCGCACUUCCCGCAACCGACGUGCGCCAAAUCAACGGCUUCACCACGUGUAUCUCCCCAGCCUUCUCCUGGUAUCCAACCAACCAUUGUUGCGGAGCAUGCAAACUUCCCGGAUCCAUCGAGGGCCUCCGUCGUGGGUAUUGAUCGACCUCAAGCGUUUGGCAUCAGACUCGACGGAAAUGCAUCACGGCCUAUGCGUCCGCACUCCGCAGCACCAUACCCAGACGACGACCGGCCCGCACCUCUGAAUCUGAGCCGCCCUCAUUCCACGGCGCCAUAUCCCGUAGACGAUGUACCGGCGUCGCCCAGACGAAGGUACGGUCCGGGGCUCCAGCCUGCUCAUGGCCCACAAGCCGAUAGGCCAUCGAGUGCUUUUGGUAUCAAAACUCAGUCUGCUGGCCCACGCCCCAUCCCCCUGUCCAACUCAACAGGUAGUUUGCAGCCUCCUACACAGUCCGGUCCUCCUCACGGUCGAGCCGUGUCUGCCGGGUGGGAAUCCCAGGGUCAUCCUGGCGCAUACAGACGACCAAGCCCUGGUCCUGGUCUGAGCGGUCAGCGACCUCACAUCGGCGAUGACAUGUAUGGUCGACCAGACGGUGCUCAUCCUACCACUGGCGUGCACAUGGCCGGCAAUAAACUACAGAAGCAAUCUGCUCAACAGCCGCAUUCCUCCGUAUCUCCUACCAGCGCUGAUUUCGGGCGAGAAUACGGGCCCCGUACGUCAUCACGCCCUGCUUCAGAGAUGCCACCGCAGCACGACUUUCGAGGCAACUCCCAAGGCUAUGAGCGUUUUUCCAGAGUACCGGGCGCCACAGGUCGGCCUGAAAGACUAAGUUCCCUACCACCACAAGAUACCUAUCAGCCGCCGCCGAGAGUGUCGACGGGUUUCGGACAAGCAACGCCUAGCCAGCACCGUCCAACUCCUGCAUCCACCAAAUCUGCAAGUGUUCCGCCGAAUUUCGCAGGAAAUCGACCCUCUGAACCGAAUCAUCCGUCUGGUCCCGGUAUUCAAACUGCUACAGCCGGCCCCGCAAAGCCUGCCAAGGGACCUGCAACCUUUGAGGAUAUGGGCAUUCCACAGGGAAAGCAAGAUGGCGAUUGUAUCUCUGGCUCCCCUCACCUCUACGCCUCCCCCGAAAUCAGCUCCCUCGUUUUGACCCUUCCGCAACAGGAGUCUGAGCAAACACCCCUGCUCGGCAACGAGAGCCAAUCCCAUGAAAAUGGCAGCAGUGGUGGUCGUAGUGAUAGCCGAAGGGCUUCAACGUGGUCAAGAAUCCGCGAAAUCGGCAUCUUCGUUUGGGCCUUGGUCGCUACUGCGGCCGCCAUUAUCCUGGCCAUUACCAUUCAGCAUAAUCAAGAAACGUCCGCCCCGAGCCCUCAGCCUGCCAAGCGCAACCUUGUCUUCAUGGUUUCGGAUGGUAUGGGCCCUGCCUCACUUGAAAUGACCCGCGAAUAUCGUCGAUAUGUCAAGCAUCUCCCUGAGCACGACUCUCUCAACUUGGACAAACACUUCUGGGGUUCCAGUCGAACACGAUCUAGCAAUUCCCUCGUCACCGACAGUGCUGCCGGUGCCACCGCCUUUUCUUGUGGUAAAAAGAGCUACAAUGGUGCCAUUUCCAUGCUUCCCGACUUCCAGCCUUGUGGCUCUGUUCUCGAAGCUGCAAAGAGGGCCGGAUACGCCACUGGUCUGGUCGUGACCACCGAUAUCACCGACGCAACUCCAGCCUGCUUCGCAAGCCAUGUCGUGGCGAGGCAAAUGCAAGACUCCAUUGCCUUGCAAGAAGUCGGCCAUGGACCCCUUGGUCGUUCACUUGACCUCAUGCUAGGUGGCGGACGAUGUCGUUUCAUGCCCAAUUCUACUGCCGGUAGCUGCCGUUUGGAUGACACUGACGUCAUCGCCUUGGCGCAGGAAAAGUACGGAUGGUCGUAUGCGGACAGCCGUAAGGCUUUCGAUGCUUUCCGUGCAGGUAAAAAUGUCACUUUACCCCUAUUGGGACUGUUCGCAUCGUCAGAUUUCCCUUUUGAGCUGGACAGAAGGAACAUGAAUGAUGUGUAUCCGAGCCUUAGCGAAAUGGUCAGGGUUGCACUACGUUCUCUCGAAAGGGCCACUGCCAAAAGCGAAAAGGGCUUUUUUCUUAUGAUCGAGGGUAGUCGAAUCGAUCAUGCUGGCCACAUCAAUGAUCCCGCCGCCCAGGUACACGAGGUCCUGGAAUACGACAACACAUUCAAGGUCGUGUUAGACUUCAUCAAUGACACCGCCACUGAAACUACUCUCGUCGCAACCAGCGACCAUGAGACCGGCGGGCUCUCUACCGCUCUCCAGGAGCCUGGCCACCUGCCAGUCUAUAAUUGGUACCCGCAAGUGCUCGCUAAUGCAUCUGCCUCGUGCGAAAGUCUAGCUGCAUCGUUGCAGAGGCAUGUGGCAGACAAGUCUGUUUACACGUCGAAAAAACAGCUCAAAUCAUGGAUAAACGAUGAGCUCAUGAUUAACGGCCUCGGUAUCACUGAUGCCACAGAUGACGAGCUUUCGCUUCUUGCCGAUGACCCCCCGGCUUCCGUCGUCACCUUUGCCGCUAUCAUCUCUCUUCGUGCACACAUUGGCUGGAGCACGCAUGGCCACACAGCUGUCGACGUUAACGUCUACAGCUCCGGCAGCCCAGAGACGGAAAAGAUCCGCGGCAACAUCGAGAACACCGAUAUAGGAAACUUUCUCAGCCGCUAUCUAGAAGUAGACGUCGAUGAAAUCACCAAAGAACUCAGAGACAAGACUCACGUCAGCAACGACAGUAGUUUUCAUGUAACCCAGGAUCCAAAACGGACUGGAUAUUGGGCGUCUGAUAAGUAUCAUGCGAUUGGUUACUAG